AUGUUUGCCACUAUAAGAAAUUUCGAAAUGAGCCUGAGAAACUUGCGCCGACUGAACGAGAUCAUCACGGAGUUUGAUAGAUUGUUGCUUCACUACAAAGAUACAUUCUUGGUGGAGAAGAUAAAAAUUGUUGGCUGCACAUAUAUGGCAGCAUGUGGAUUGGAUUUGAACUUUGCCGGUCGCAUCAGCAUAGAAUCGGACAAACUGGAGGCAACCCAUCGAGACUCGCUAAUGGAAGAAGUGGAGCAGGCUCUGAUGAUUCGCAGAGCCUCUUCUUUAGUAUCAGAUCAAAGUUUGAAGGAAGAUCUGCACGAAGAGGUCGUCUUUGUGAUGACUACGUUUGCCCUGGACCUAAUGCGAACUCUUUGGAUGCUCAACAAAGCCUAUGAAACUGUAUCUUAUGAUAAGACCAUCAUCAGCACCGACAUGUCCAUUGGUAUCUCCAGUGGUGAGCUGAUGGCCGGAGUCGUUGGCGCCUCUCAACCACAUUAUGACAUCUGGGGGACCCCUGUUAAUAUGGCAUCCCGUAUGGACUCCACCGGCAUGAUCGGACACAUCCAAGUGACCAAGGAAACAGCUAUUCUGUUGCGUGAAUUUGGCAUUAGGUGCCACUAUCGUGGCAAGACCUUUGUAAAAGGCACUGGUAAAAUUCCAACAUACUUUGUUGCCAUUAAUGAUAAUUAUGACUUUAUCACCAUCGAUGGUAAGCGAAAACCAACGCGUCAAUAUCAGGAAGCGCAAUCAUUUCAGUCUGACAAGGAAUCAGUAGCUACCGUUUUGGGUUAUGCUGACGACGAUAUGAACGAAGAGACUGUUUAGACCCUUGAAGUAAAAUAUCAACGUUGGUUGAAUUGAAAAUUGUAACUUAGUUUGUUUUAAAAAUCCAAGACUAAUGUAGCAUUGUAAUCUUAAUAAAACAUUCUGUUAGCAACGGA